AUGGUCCGUGACCUCCGCGGGCCAUCUGGUCCGCUUUCCCCGGACAACGCACGGGCUAUAGCAUCAACUCACACAGAAGACGGUUUCCCAUCCCCUUGCGCUCGCGUUUCUCAGCAUGCCACACUUCAGAACCAUCAGUUCUAUAACAACUUAGACUGGGCGGAUCGUCUUUGGAGCACUGUAUCAACUAUCUACAAAGCAUGGGAAGGGAAAGUAUGGCUCCCUAGUGAAACGCCAUCCGGCUCUGGAACGGCUCGCAAAGACGCUCACAGUCGAGACACGACUCCACCUCACGGCACUUGUACAUAUAAGAUAUUGAGCAUAAAGCAUGGUAAGGUUGAACAGCAAGAUGCGCUGUUAGCCGAUGCAGCAGCUGUUGGAAGAUUGCUACUGAAACCACUCGACCGAGGUGGCGGUGAAUGA